CUGGGUUGUUCCUCGGGGUGUUUUUGAGAUUGCCACCCAACUCAAGCAGGCAGAGAGGCCCAGGGACAGCAUGAUGGACCUUUUUGAAACUGGCUCCUAUUUCUUCUACUUGGAUGGGGAGAAUGGAGCCCUGCAGCAGCUGGAGAUGGCUGAGGGAUCCCCGCUGUACCCAGGGAGCGAUGGCACCUUGUCUCCAUGUCAGGACCAAAUGCAGCCAGAGGCCGGCAGUGACAGUAGCGGAGAGGAGCAUGUGCUGGCACCCCCGGGACUACAACCCCCUCACUUCCCCGGCCAGUGUUUGAUCUGGGCUUGUAAAACUUGCAAGAGAAAGUCGGCCCCCACGGACAGGCGGAAAGCAGCCACCCUGCGGGAGAGGAGAAGGCUGAAGAAGAUCAACGAAGCCUUCGAGGCUCUGAAAAGGCGGACUGUGGCGAACCCCAACCAGAGGCUGCCCAAGGUGGAGAUACUGAGGAGCGCCAUCAGCUACAUCGAGAGGCUGCAGGACCUCUUGCACAGGCUGGAUCAGCAGGAGAAAAUGCAGGAGAUCGGGGGGGACCCCUUCAGCUUCAGUCCCAAGCAGGGAAAUAUCCCCAAUUCGGACUUCCUGAGCACCUGCAGCUCCGACUGGCAAAGCGUUUCUGACCAUUCCCGAGCCCUAGGAGUCAGCCCCAAAGAAGGAGUCUCCGUUGUCGAGUCGUCGGCCUCCAGCAGCCUUCGCUGCCUCUCUUCAAUAGUGGACAGUAUUUCUUCCGACGAUCCCAAACUGCCCAGCGCAGAGGAAGCGGUGGAGAAAUAAACCUGGUUUUGUGGUAGUAUAUUUAACGGAGAUGGAGCCUCCACCCUCUCUCCUCUAAACUAUGUGACGAAACGAAUUCACACAGUGGAAAGCCCGAGCAGGGGCCUUUUUAAGAUCGAAUCAAGGUAUACCUACCCCAAAGAAAAUGGCUUCUACUGACUCAAGCCAGACAUAUUUCCCCCUUGCCUUUUUUUCUUCCCCCGAGUUUUGUUUUCUUUAAAUUGUGUUGCAUAAACCAUCCUCCUUUUUUUUUUUAAUUUUAUUUUAUUUAAGAUAUUUACCUGUGUACCGGUGAUCCGCUUUGUCUGAGACUCACCGGGAAGUUCAUUCCUGUCUGAGUGAAGCUCUUGGUUGCAUUGUGUGUGAGUCAUAUUUAAAGAGUCCCCCCCUCAUUUCGUUCCUGUAAAUAAUUUCAGUACUGUCUUUUCUUUUGUAAACAUAACAUAUAUAUUUAAA